GAAAUGUAAACAAAUAAACCACAUUUCUGUCCUAAAUUUCUAGUAAACAAAAAAAUAUUAAAAACAAGGUUCACAAUCAAAUUAAAAAAAAAUGCUGCGUGUGAUUGAGUUUUUAGGAGUUCGGCUGGCAAAGCCACGGCUUAUGAGUCGAUGUUUUUCAAUAGAGACGCAAAACUUUGUUGAUGAUACAAGUCGGGAGAAAAAAAUUAAAAUAUUUGAACUUGAAAUCGAUAUACUUCGACAAGAAGGUAGAAGAACUCCUGAAUUAGAAAAUAUUAAAAGUCACAAUUGGGACCAUAUUUUGUCACUUGAAACAAAAUCCGCUAGGCGAAGAUAUUACUCGUUUAUGUGGGAAAACCAAAUGAGAGAACAAAAUGACAAAAUAAAAAAAGAACAGAAACGUAUUGAAAAUAUGGAGCGAAUUGCAAGAGAACGCGAAGAGAAAGCGAAAAAUCCUCAUAUAAUUUACGCACUUUAUCAUAAUUCGCUGUUUCUUCGGAUUUAUGAUGCAACGAUGACUCAUUACGAUAAUCAUAGACUUGUCAGGUCGAUGAUGUUUGGUCAAAAGUUAAUAAUCGAUUGUUCAUACGAUGAUUAUAUGAGUAAAAGAGAAGCUGAAAAUGCAGGAAAACAAAUGAUGCUUUUAUUCGCUAACAAUCGCUCACAUGAUGACCCAUACGAUCUUCACUUCUGCAAUGUCAAUAUGGCAAGUGUCGCCUCAAGGAAAUUAAAAAGAUAUAUUCCAACUAUGCUUGAUCCCGAAUUUCCAAUGAACGUUCAUUCAGAACCGAUAACGGAAAAGUUUGAUAAGGAGAAACUUGUUUACUUGACACCACAUUGUAGAACAGAAUUAACAGAAUUUAAUCACGAUGACAUUUAUAUAAUCGGUGCAAUGGUUGACAAAAUGAAUAACGAACCGUUAUCACUUGCAAAGGCAAAAAAGCAAGGACUAAGAAUGGCACGUCUUCCACUUGACAAAUAUCUUAAUUGGGGAUCAGGAUCAGGAAAAUCUUUAACGUUAGAUCAAAUGAUGCAGAUUAUGCUCGAAAUAAAGAAAUCUGGUGAUUGGGAUGAAGCAUUAAAAUAUGUUCCUAGACGGAAACUCUACAAUAAAGUUCCUGAACCAAAAUUUACAGAUAGAGGAAAUUUCAAAAUUUCUCAAAACUUUUUUGAUGAUGAAGAUGAAAAAGAUUUCAGAUCGAAUCAAAGAAACGAUCGUUAUAGUAAACCCCGCUAUAAUUCAUCAUUCAAUGAAGGAUUCUCAGAUGAAAGGUCGUUUGCAUUUAAAGAAAGGAAACAAUUCGAUAGAUUUAAAUUUGAUUUGAACACCUGGGGUGGAAGUAAAAGAAAAAAUAACAAAACGAGAGAUGAAUAA